AGCUUUAAAAAGGCAGCAGGCAGAGCGCGGCCCUGCGUCAGAGCGAGACUUUGAGUCGCCCGAGUCUCCGCGAGGGACCCGCUGCCGGCGUGGGCGCACGCCUCCGACCCCGCCGCCACCCCCCCCGCCCCCGCCACCCCACUCGGGUCCGGCCGCAGCCGUCCCGCCACGCGCGCGCACACGCUCCUCGAUGACAUUUCUCCGGGGAGCGAGACGCUGAGCCCGGGCAGCGCACGUCCGCUGGGGAGUCUGCCACCCCGGAGCCCGACCCCGGCGGUGCCCGCUCCUCCUCCUGCUCCGCGCCGCCGCGGCCGCGUGGAUGCCAAGUACCAGUUUUCCAGCCCCUUCCAAGUUUCCACUCGGCGCUCCGGCUGCAGUCUGCGGGAGAGAAGAAACUUUGUGGCCCGCGCCGCCCGCCGGCGGCACCAUGAAGUCGGCGGAGGAAGAGCACUACAGCUACGGGACCUCCACAGUCGGCCCGGGCCUGCCCCUGCCCACCACGCACCCCGCCCUGCCCGGCCCCUGCCAUGACCUGCAGACGUCAGCCCCGGGCAUCUCGGCCGCCGCGGGCCACCCCUCGGGGUACGGAGCCCUGGUGGACGGUGGGCCCUCGGGCUACUUCCUGCCGUCCGGCCACGUCCGGCCCAACGGCGCCCCGGCCCUGGAGGGCCCCCGCAUCGAGAUCACGUCCUACCUGGGGCUGCACCACAGCAGCAGCCAGUUCUUCCAGGACGUGGACGAGGACGUGCUGCCCGGCCCCAAGCGGCCGCCGCCCACGGCCACCCUGAGCCUGCCGCACCUGGAGGCCUACCGAGACCCCUCCUGCCUGAGCCCGGCCAGCAGCCUGUCCUCCCGCAGCUGCAACUCCGAGGCCUCGUCCUACGAGUCCAGCUACUCCUACCCCUACGCGUCCCCGCAGACGUCCCCCUGGCAGUCCCCCUGCGUGUCCCCCAAGACCACGGACCCCGAGGAGGGCUUCCCCCGCGGCCUCGGGGCCUGCAGCCUGCUGGGCUCCCCGCGCCACUCGCCGUCCACCUCGCCCCGCACGAGCGUCACCGAGGAGAGCUGGCUGGGCGCCCGCGGCUCCCGGCCCUCGUCCCCCAGCAACAAGAGGAAGUACGGCCUCAACGGGCGGCAGCUGUCCUGCUCCCCGCACCACUCGCCCACGCCGUCCCCGCACGGAUCGCCGCGCGUCAGCGUCACGGAGGACACCUGGCUGGGCAACACCACGCAGUACACCAGCUCCGCCAUCGUGGCCGCCAUCAACGCCCUGAGCACCGACGGCAGCCUGGACCUGGGAGACGGCGUCCCCAUGAAGGCCCGCAAGACGGCCCUGGACCACUCGCCCUCGGUGGCCCUCAAGGUGGAGCCGGCGGGCGAGGACCUGGGGACCACGCCGCCCUCGUCCGACUUCCCGCCGGAGGAGUUCCCCCCCUUCCAGCACAUCCGCAAGGGCGCCUUCUGCGACCAGUACCUGUCGGUGCCGCAGCCCCCGUACCAGUGGGCCCGGCCCAGGUCCCCCACGUCCUACGCCAGCCCAACUCUCCCCGCCCUCGACUGGCAGCUGCCGUCGCGCUCGGGACCCUACGAGCUGAGGAUGGAGGUGCAGCCCAAGUCCCACCACCGAGCCCACUACGAGACCGAGGGCAGCCGGGGCGCCGUGAAGGCGUCGGCGGGGGGCCACCCCAGCGUGCAGCUCCACGGCUACCUGGAGAACGAGCCCCUCACGCUGCAGCUGUUCAUCGGGACGGCGGACGACCGGCUGCUGCGGCCGCACGCCUUCUACCAGGUCCACCGCAUCACGGGGAAGACGGUGUCCACCACCAGCCACGAGGCCGUCCUGUCCAACACCAAGGUCCUGGAGAUCCCGCUGCUGCCGGAGAAUAACAUGCGCGCCAGCAUCGACUGCGCCGGGAUCCUGAAGCUCCGGAACUCGGACAUCGAGCUGCGCAAGGGGGAGACGGACAUCGGCAGGAAGAACACGCGAGUGAGGCUGGUGUUCCGGGUCCACAUCCCACAGCCCGGCGGCCGCACGCUGUCACUGCAGGUGGCCUCCAACCCUAUCGAGUGCUCCCAGCGGUCGGCCCAGGAGCUGCCCCUGGUGGAGAAGCAGAGCGUGGCCAGCUGCCCGGUGCUGGGCGGGAAGAGGAUGGUCCUGUCCGGCCACAACUUCCUGCAGGACUCCAAAGUCGUCUUCGUGGAGAAAGCGCCAGACGGCCACCACAUCUGGGAGAUGGAGGCGAAGACCGACCGGGACCUGUGCAAGCCGAACUCGCUGGUGGUCGAGAUCCCGCCGUUUCGCAACCAGAGGGUGGCCAGCCCCGUGCAAGUCAGCUUCUAUGUGUGCAACGGGAAGAGGAAGCGGAGCCAGUACCAGCCCUUCACCUACCUGCCUGCCAACGUUCCAGUCAUAAAAGCAGAGCCCACCGAUGACUACGAGCCGGCCCUGACCUGUGGACCCCUGAGCCAGGGCCUGAGUCCACUCCCGAAGCCGUGCUACAGCCAGCAGCUGGCCCUGCCUCCCGACCCGGGGUCUUGCCUCGUGGCGGGCUUCCCGCCCUGUCCCCAGAGAAGUGCCCUGAUGUCACCGCCGCCCAGUGCCAGCCCGAAGCUUCACGACCUGUCCUCUGCCACCUACAGCAAGGGCAUGGCCAGCCCCAGCCACGGUCCCCUUGGACUGCAGCGGCCAGCCGGAGGGGUCCUCACCAGCCCGGAGGCGCCGAGGCCUGUGGGCGUGCACCCCGGCUCUCCCCAGCCACCGCCUGCCACCCUGCUGCAGCCACAGGUGAGUGCACAGCUGAGCAGCAGCCGUCCCCCGGGUGGCCGGCCAGCACUCUGUCCCCACAGCCCCUCGUCUGCACCGCCGCCCGGUGCCCAAGAGCCGACCUGCCUGCAGCCCUGCAGCCCAGCCCGCCCACCUGGCAUGGGCCACCAGCAGCACCAGCCGCCGAAGGUUCCGGAAGCAGAGUCUGCAGCCGCCAGGCCUCUGCCGCUGCCCGAGGUGCGUGAGGACAGUAAUCAGGGUCUGGCCCCCACUCCCGUGUUGGUCAAGCGAGAGCCUCAAGAAUUGGACCAGCUGUACCUGGACGAUGUAAAUGAAAUAAUACGAAACGACCUCUCCAGCACCAACACCCACUCAUAAUUGGCAAGGUCAGAACUCGCUCAGGAGCUGCAUGGCGUCAACUCAGCAAGUGACAGUGGACAUUCAACAUGCAGACUUCUGACUGAAUAAACUGAACACACGUGGUACCACUCAGAACUCCUGACUUACCGAAGAUUUUUUACACAUACAAAGAAGUAGCUCUUCAACAGGAAGGAAGGAUGGAAGGGAGGAAGGAUGGAAGGACGGACCACUUCAUCUUCUGAAGGAAAAGUCAUCUCAAGAAGAAAAUAAAAGGGUGCAGUAGGGUGAGUGCAGGAGACAGAGCCGCCAAGGGCACGACCCCGCCGGCAGCCUGCGCCACUGCACCCUGGGGCACCCUGGGUUUCAGGGCUGGAAGUGCCUUAUUUAACCCAACCACGGCAUCAGGGCAUCGUAGAAUUAAGCAUUAAACUCGCUACCAGGAAAGUAUUUGUAGGAGCAAAGCUAUAAAAACAUUAUAUCGUGAGGCUUUGUCAAACUUUGUAUAAAUUAAGAGAAUACUGGCAAGCUAGGCGUUGGGAGGAAAACCUAACACAUUUCCUACUUUUUUCCAACUUUUCCUGGGUGGCCGUAAUAUACAAUUUUGUUGCCUAAUUCGGCGCAUUUUAGAAAUCUUCCAGUUUGUCAUCUCAGCUCUCUGGUGUCUUUCUCUCCCCUGGGUCACUAGAACCAUAGGACUGUUCAUUGUAGCAUGCUAGGGUUUUGUUUUUUAAUCUGGCUUUGGACAUAGCACAGGUAGGAUGAAUAGCACAAGAUAGGUUACUGGACAAGAAAAGAAAUCUGUUCGUCACAGGACAGAUGUUGCAUUUGCAUGUAUGUACAUAUAUAGACACAUAUUUAUGUAUAAAUAAUAAAUAACAGGUGGUCUUUGGUCUUUGCCCAGCACGGGCUUCCGAGCCAGCAACGACCAGCAUCCAUUUGAGGAGGCGCAUCUGAGGUGACUUCCACGGGGGCGCGGCGCCCCCGGCCGGUGCGGUUUUCUCAUCUCGUGCAGAUAACCGAGCACUUUACAAGCGGGAGGAAGUGCGUUCAGAACACCCCGUGUUACCAGAUGGUGAAAUUGGAAAGUAACUGUAAAUAACAUGACAAAGGGAGUGUAAUAUAUUUGUUCAGCUAUAAGAUUAUUAUUUCACAGAAGCCUUAUAACUCUGCUUCAUGUAAGAAAACGAUUACCAAAAAACAAAGUUUUAACAUGCGGCAACUGUAGUAGGUUUCAGAUUAGUUCCUGUUAACAGAUAGGGUAGUGUAGGCUUUACUACUGCAUUUUGUACAAUUAACAGCUUAUUACACAUAACCAAAAAAAGCAUGGUUGAAUUGAAACACAUGUAACCCGAUCCUUGUGCCUUAGGAAGUCACGCCCCCUCCUGGAGCCAGCCUGAACUGCAGCCACGGGUGCAGGUCCUUGGGUGAGAGAGCUCGCCCACUGGAAGAAUUAUUUUAAAAAUGUUCUUCUGUGUGAUUAUGUCUCACUUUUUUAAACCACAGAAAAGAAACAAAAACCUGAAAGCCAUAUUGUCACAUUUGCACACACCUGUGAAGAGCGGAAGCUGUAUGGCUGCAUACACACAGUCCUCCCCGCGGGCGUCCCUCCUGCUUGUAACCCCAGCACCUGCGGUGCAUUUCUCGUUCUAGACUUGCAUGAAACAUUUCUGAUGGAUGUCCCGUGGGAAGGGAAUGUUUGACAUUUGUGUCAGCUCUCUUUGUAGUUAGGAAAUAGAUGCAAUAAAGCAGUACUUGCUUGCCGGA